AUGGCCGCGGCUGAGAAAUCUCCCGCGAGCAGCGUGCCAGCCAGCCCUGCUCCCUCGCACAGCUCCACAGAAGGAGCAGAUAUUAAAACCAUCCUAACUCAGCUACCCUCCAAACUGGACCUCGAGGAAAUGUUCUCCAAAAUGGAAAGGAGCUUUGGCGCCAAGCUACAAUCUCUCCAUGAGGAGGUAAGCCACAUUGGCAAUAGGGUGCAAACACUAGAAGAGGAGGGGGAAACAACAGCCCUACAAAUGCAUAACAUACAAACUCUCCAACAAACCCAAAAUGAGGCCCUAAUAUUCCUACAGAGGAAAAUAGAGGACCUAGGCAAUAGGGGAAGGCGCAACAACCUCAGAAUUGGAGGCAUUCCUGAGACCCCUGAAGGAACAAGUGAAAAUAUCCCACAAACCCUCACAAAUCUCUUUAAUCAGCUGCUGGGUAGGCUGCUAGAUACACCCAUCAAGUUUGACCGCGCUCACAGAGCGAUCAGGCUGAGAGCGCUAACUAAUGAGAAACCAAGGGACAUUAUCUGCAGGCUCCAUCAUUUCCCCCUAAAAGAGACAAUCCUGCAAAAGGGCAAGCAAGUUAGAGACAUUACAUUUGGCAACUGUAAAGUACAGAUAUUUCAGGACCUGGUGCAAUCCACACUUAUCGUGAGAAGAGCACUGUGCCCAAUCACGAAGGCACUCUCAGACCGCAACAUACGAUUCCGCUGGGCAUACCUUUUUGCUUUAGUGGUGAACCGCCAAGGGAAGACAAACUCAAUCUCUACACCAGCAGACGUUCCGACGUUUCAACAAGCCUUAAGCAUACCCACAGACACGGUGGAAGAUUGGACUGGUCUCUACAUGGAACAAGACAAGCAACCACCCCAACGGGCCAAAUGGCAACGCACCCCCAAAAAGCGAAGGAGACGAACCCCCUCGGGAAAUGAACUGCCCUCAACACCAAAAGUCACCGCUACAAAACCGACCUAA